CUUAGGUCAGUAUUUAAAUAGCAGUUGAGUCAGAAUGUAAUGAUCUUUAUGCUCUGCCUUCUUUACCCUCUUCUUCAGCACUGAGUCACAGCUCAGCAGCUCAGUGUUGCAAUGUUUAUUGGAUACUGAAUUAUCGAAGUAUUUCCUCCGAAAUCUUCCUCUUUUUUUUUUUUUUGCCUUGGGGUCUCUAUUUCUCUCUUUCUAUUUGCUGACACCAAACUUUACCAAAAGGUCGUGCUCAAAUGGUGGGAUUAAUUUAUAACGAUACAAUUAUAAUGUUAUGUUAUAAAUAUAAUCUGACUCUUCAUUUACAGAUGGACAAGUAAAGACCAGGGUGUGUGUUUUUAUGCGGGAUUUCAGCUCAACUUGCUAUAAUAACAAUAGCGACUCAUGAGCCUGAUGAGGUCGUGUCCAGAGCUGACCAACACAAUUCAAGGGGGAGUAAAAUUGCUAAGUUUAAGUUGCGGAAACUGUGUGAGUCACAGCCAUUUUGCCAUCAAAAAACCUUAGAGCUGCUUCUUCUUUUCUGUAUUUCUUCAGAGAGCACUGAUGAAACUUGGGGGAAAAAAACAGGUUAACUGAUGAUGUCACUCAAAUGGACUCCUCCCUCUUUUCUGCUGGUUCUGCUCAUGAUUUCAGGAGUUGUUGUAGCCCAACACGAUGGAAGUGUGUAUUACACACAGAAAUAUAUCUGUGCUGGAAGAGGAUCUACAGUGACCAUGAGCUGCAACCUUCACUCCAAAGUUGUAAAAGCUUUUUGGAGUAAAGACUUCCUUGAUCUGUCCUCAGACUCAAAAUACAAAGACAGGGUACAGCAUAUCAACACACAACAUGACUGCAGCCUCAGACUGAGGGAUGUUACAAAAGAUGACCAUGGGAUAUAUUACUGCAUGUUUGUAACGUCAGCUGGAGAGAGGUUUCAAGGCGCAGAAGUUUCGCUUUCAGUCACUGAGCUUGAGGUGGAGAUUCUUAACAGGGUGAUUGAGGGAGACGCCGUCACUGUCUCUUGUAAAACCAGAUGCAGACUCACCACCACUCCAAUAUUCAGCUGGUACAAAAACGGACAUCGAUUACUCACCUACAACAAACUGCUCCGUCUGCAGUCAGUCAGGCACGAGGAUGCAGGCAAUUACAGCUGUGCUAUACUGGGACAUAAUUAUCAAUCCCCUGCUGUUGCUCUUGAAGUCCAAUAUUUGUCUUCAGGUCAAGUUAAGAUUUUCGGUGUAGCUGUAGGAGUUGUCCUCUGUGUGGUUGCAGCUUUUCUAGCUGGAGUUUUCUGCAUGAGGAGGAAGAGACAGAACACAUCUAAUCAUGAGAAUGUCCACUCGAGUCCCCCUGAGGACCCGUACAUGGCUCUGGAUCCUCGAUUCAUCUCUUCAGAUUACGCCAAUCUAACAACUGCAGGAAAUCAACAGUGAGAUCGCCAACAUCAACAAAGAGAGAGAGAGAGAGAGAGAUAAUGUUGAUAAUGCUGGACUAAUUCUGUUUUUAAGCUGUGGAUCAAUAUUGAACUUAAUCUGCAAUGGUAUAAUACAUGUGACUGCAUGUGAUUUUUUUCCAUUAUGCAUUAACUGAGCAUUAACAACACUGUGCAGGGAUUCUGAACUGCUCUGCCUUUUGCCUAAGCAUUCUAAGUUGUUUAUUAACUCUAAGUUUCUUUUAUAACUUUUUUUUUAUAUGUUGUCUCUUAGUAUUUUUUUUUUAAUUAUAAUAAACUUUUAUAAAAUAGAUUGAAUUACUGUUGUAUUCAAACUCUGGCAAUGUACAUACAGUAC